AUGACUCGAUGGGAGGCGCGCCUUUUGUCAUGCGAUCCGGAAUCCAUUAUUUUUGCAAUCACAAAUGUCCUCUUUCAGGUCUCUUUGCUGGAAUGGAUCUGGUCAUAUUCUAAUCCGCAGUCAAAUGCAUCGCUAAUACUGACACAGACGACAGACACAAACACGAGUUUCCAAGCUAUCACAACGAUUGUAUCGGAAUCAGGAAUAAUGACCCAUAAGAUAAGAAGAGAAAGCGUCUCUACGGUCGGUGGCAGCCACGAGUACUGCAGUCAGUUGACGGUUAACGGCGGCGGGGCUUGCCAUGCCAUGUCGUCAAGGCGUGUUCCUACUGCCUAA